CUCAAACCAUUGGGGACUUCAGAGGUAGCUCGUUAUGGUGACUCCACAAUUAGGACCACGUGGUUGGUCAGUCUUGCAGGAGGCUGGACCGGGCACUGUAUAAAAGUUCCCACCUUGCUGGGCUCCACAGUCCUCACGCUUCGCUGGGUCCUGCUGAGACCAGGUUCUACAAAUCAUUCCAAGAUGUCCUUCAGUGACCAGCAGUGCAAGCAGCCAUGUGCGCCCCCUCCGUGUCUUCAAAAGAGCCAAGAGCAGAGCCAGGCUCAGGCCAAGGAGGUGUGUCUCCCCCAGUGCCAGGACCCCUGCUCAGAGAAGUGCCUGCCGCAAGCCCAGGAGGUGUGUCCUCCUCAGAGCCAGCAGUCAAACCAGGAAAAGUGCCCACAGCAAAGCCAAGACCCCUGCCAAGACCAGUGUCCAUCUCAGAGUGUGGAGGCCUGCCAGGAGCUGGCCCAGACCAAAUGCGUGGAGGUGUUCCCCCAGAAAGUACAGGAGACGUGCCAGCCCUCUGGAAAGGGGAAGUAGCCGCCGUGUGACCCCCAGCCUGGGGCCCAGAAGAUGGCCAGCAGAUGAAAUGCAGCCCCAGCCCCUGUUCCGGUGCCUUCCCCUGAGGGUGCCUCUGUGUGCAGUGUUCCUCCUUGCCCCGCGGUGUUCUCAGCAUCCCAGGACUUGGUCUGUGUCUCUGAGGACAGUCCCCUCCGUGUUGCAUCAGCUCCUGUGAACAAGCAGCCAGUGGACCGUCUCAGAUGUAGGGAUGAUCUCCCUAGGAGAGACCACAGACGCCUAGCACAGCUUCUUGGGGGCAAAAAUUCAUCCAGCCCCACAUGUGUACCAGCCAAUGAUGCCUUCAUUUACCUUUAGAGGGUCAAGCUCUCAUCUGAGACUCAAAUCGAACUGAAUUCUAAUGAACUUUGCACAAGUCACCACCACCGCUGGUGCUGAGAAGUAGAGGUUGAUGCAAACAUUAAAAAUUGGGUCAUUUUGUCUCUGUAUCCUAAAAAGAACAGAAAAUGGUUGUACAUUGGAAAGUUAGUUGUAUUUUUAAAAAAAAGUAUGUGAAUUAUUUCAUCCAAACAGCCAAUACAGAAAGACAAGAGGGGACCUUUGGGUCCUUGUCAAUCUCUGUUUCACAGCUGGUCUGCUCUGGGCCCUUAAUUUUCACCAUGUACACUCUGUAGAUUUGUGGUUUGUGUCUGGGAUGCAAGCUGGUGUGCUCUCCAGCUUCCUUGCCUUCUUCUCCCUGGUGAAGGUAAAAUAUAUAAUAAAGCUGCUCCUCGGGACGACA